CAGUCUGCCACCCCAAAAUCUUCUCUUACUAAAUGACAAGCGUCCACCCCUUCAACACGUCUCCAAAUUUCUUUGAUUCCAUUCUGAUCAUCACGUACCAGCAAUACAGCAUCAUCACAUCCAACACAAAAUAUUUUGUGCAACAAAUAUCCAUUUUAACUGCUACUAAUUUUCAGCACCAAAUAAAUAUUAUAUACAAGACUCCAUCUCCAUUUCCAUCUCCAUCCAUAAAUAUAUACAUAUCUCUAUACGGUUUAUUAGUUACCAUACUGGUACCUUCAAUUCAAGGCUUCAACGUUAAGAAAAGAAGAUGGUGCAUUAUUCUUUUAAAAAACCGUUGGUUAGGUGGUUGAUCAUGGUGGUUCUCUUGCUUGCGGUGGCAGCCAUGACGGUGGAGUGCAACUACACGAUGGCUUCGGGAAGCAGUGAGGCGGCGGCGAACGAGAUGAGGGGAGACACGGAAGGUGCAAAGAAGAUGGGCUGUCAGAUAGGAAAGGAGGCUCAAGAGUCCGCUGAGACGUGGACUGACUGGGGGAAGGAGAAGAUCGCUGGAGGCCAAGAGAACAGUGGUAAUUUAAAAGGAAAAAUAUCUGAGAUUAGCAAAGAAGUAUCCACUAAGGCAAAGGACGCGUAUAAACAAGGAAAGGAGAAAGCACACGAAGCUGUUGAUCAAGAGGAACUAUGAUUGUGUUUCUUGUUUUAUUUUUCUAGUAGUUGCUCUGUUAGUUGGUGAGGAGUUGAGGACAAUCUAUUUUUUUUUGGAGAUCUUCACGUUAGAAUGCAGUAGUUCAAAGUUUGUGUUUUAA